AAUGAAUUUAUAUCAAUAAAACAAGUGCAUUUACUAGAGAACAUUUAAUAAAUAUAUAUAUAAAUAGAGUGAAGACAGAAGUUGAGGAGUUGUGAUAAAAGCAACAAAUCAAUUAACUGAUCAACACAACACAACAACAAAACACUGUCCAGAGAAGAAAGUAUUUGACUCGCAAAGCCACAAUAAGCGCGCCAAUCGAAACAAUGUCUAGUGGACAAAUAUCAGUACAGCAGAGGCCAUACAGCUCAUUUCGCUCCACGACAAAGUACAGUGGAUUGACCAGCUCGCCGGUGCUUCUUGGGAUACGGGUUGGAUCUCUUGGGAGUAGCGGUAAAAGUGUUCGGCAGUUUGCUGGCGGCGUGAGCGGGAAUGGCAAGAGUGUUGGGAGCGAUGAGGAAGCCAAGAGGCGGGUGCCAUUGAUGAAGACAUGCAGGAAAUUGCCACCGGAUUCGCCGACACUCGUCACAACACGAUGGCAGCAAACUCAACGGCCCAGUGUCACGUAUCGUGUGUCAAAUCGCUAUCAACAGGUGAAGGCAGUUGUUGAUACACGAUGGACAACGAGCAGUGAUAAGACACCACCGUGUUCCAUCCACUCAAAGUCCCCCAAUGGCAGCAGUGGCACGUCGGUGGAGUCCAUCGUGCCCAAGUAUCGUGGGGGUGUGAUGGCAACAGGUGGCAGUCAGAAGCGUGCCUAUCAGACCAAUUUGGCGGGCAAAUCGACGAAAUUCUUCAACAAUGGCAUCAACAGUGUGGCCGUGCAGAGGAAAAAGUCCCCAACAAGGAGGGAUUUUCACAUGAAGGAUGUGGAGGAGAGGAAGAAGUCCAGUCAGGCUUUCUCGAGUAAAUUCCCACAAGGAAUGCCGUUCGAGGAGGAGUUUUUCCGCAAUCGACGCUCCAAUUCUGGCGGUGUAUCGAGCAAUUACAGCAGCUACAGCAACUACGAACGACAAUCGUCCACGAGUGGAUUUGAGGAUGAAUUCCACAGGAAGCCAUCGAAUGAGCCACUGUAUGUGGACUUCUCCAAGAGCAUCCCAUCAUCGCUCACACCAGACUCCAGCUGUGUGGAUGACGAUGGUGCGGAUGAUGUUGAUGGCGACGCGGGGAGUGUUGAUGAGAAUGGCAAUCCGAAGCAGCAACAGCAGCGACAGCGACUUGGCGGUAAAAAUAGUAAGAAUUGCAGGGAUGACGGUGAUUUCUACUAUAAUUUCGAGAGUGGUGGGAAGCAGCGUCUCAUUGUGCAGAGCAAACCGAUGGUGUAUGUGGCUGUGGCGUCGUGGGUUCCCAAAUGCAAUACCGAUCGUCAAGUGGUGGCCACAAUUGGCAAUCGGAGUGGCGGCGGCAGCGACAACAGCAUUGAGGAACCCACGACACAAGUCAAGAGCUACGAUAGAUCAUCGCGUCGACACAGAGAACGCUCUAAGAGAUCCCAUCAUCGUCGUAGUCCAACGUCAGGACGUAGGAAUUUGAGGCAUCGUCAUCGUGAUGAGAGAUCGCAUAGUAAUUCACGACGUCGUUACCGGGAGAGGGACCGAGCUAAAGAGAGGGAAGAAAAUAGGAUAACGCCAGUCAAGGGUGGUGUUUAGAGAGUCAAGAGUUUUCUCAUGAAGAGCGAAAACUAUACAUAGAAGAUGAAAAUGUGCUAGAAACUCCAUUUGAAAGAGAGAAGAAAGAAGAAGAACUUGAGGA